AGGUGCCGUCCCUCGAAAAGGAAGGAAGACGCGAGGAGUGUGAGUGUGUGUGAGUGUUCACCGGGUUUGGUUUGUUGUUGUGCGCAGUAGGAUUAUGCGCAGAUGGGAUCCACAACAGUGAUCAAUAGCGCAGCGCAACACAGCAUCCUCCUGCUCUGCUCCACACUACCUCUCCCGUCUCCUGUCUCCUGAGCCUGAGUGGUGUGUCGAAGCCGUGCGUUUCAUUGGGGAUCGUGCCGUCGUCGCUCUACAGUCUACAGUCUGUUGUUGUUGUCUGUCCAUUGUACUCCGCCACACAGCCUUCGCUCCCGAGCUCUCUACUCGCACAUCCACAAGGGGAUUUUCAAUUUUCGACUCUUUGAAGCGGAUCUCGCACAUUAAAGAUGAAGUGGAGUGGCGUGUUGGCCGCACUCUUGAUUCUGGUGGCAGUGGUACACGCAGACGGUGAACUAUGGGAGGAAGAUGACAAGGAAAUACUCAUCAGGAGUGAACGCGGAACUAAGAACAGUAAAGAGCCAUGUCGCUACGAGAAGAGCCCCUGGUCGGAGUGUGACCCCAAGACAAACAUGCGCACACGAACGCUCACGCUCAAAGACAGAAAGAAGGAUGUAGCCGCCACUGCCAACUGUGAGAGCACCAAGACCAUUCAGAAGAAAUGCAAAAAAGCCUGUCGGUAUGAGAAAGGACAAUGGAGCGCAUGCAAUUCUCAGAACAAAAUGGUACGAAAGGACACGAUUAAGGACAAGAGCGAUCCUUCCUGCGAGCAGAACAGAGAAAUCACAAAGGACUGCAAGAGCAAGGGCCCCCGAAACAACAAAGGUCAACGUCGCAGGCAGUAAAGAGCACAAGUUUGGGUUCCUUGGAACUGAACCCAAGCCCUUUUCAUUCACCUCUAUCAACAUACUUCUUACGAUGUUAAUAGUUGAUUAAUAAUGAGUAUUACUGUUAUUACAAGUAUUUUAAUUGACUUUGUGAAUGGCUGAAUAUUUUGUACUGCUAGACUGUUUAUUGAUUUCAGAUAACGUUAACAAUACAAUGCCAAAACAAAAUGAACUGUAUCAUAAUAAUUUCCACCAUUAUUUUUUAUUGGUAGAAAGUAUCGAUCUUUUUAUACUUAGUUGUGGUUUGUUUGUUUUUAUAUUGAUUUAGUUCCAGUAAGAUGAUCAUUUCAUUAAUUCCUUCUCUAGUGAUAAUAUUAAUUAACAUCUAGAAUACAGAUCUCCAUUUCAACUAUCCUGAUUGAUGUAUUUAAUUGUGGUAACUACAUUAACAUGACAGGAAUAUUCAAAGUAAUAUUAUUGAAUGUAUAUUGUGUAUCACUAUAUUGUUCAGUACCUGUAAGUAAAGUGAUUUGUAUUGAUUAAUAUAUAGUACAUUUUUAAAUAAAUAUUAGGAUUAUAAACUUAGACGAUUUCUAACACUUCAAUUGAACGUGUUGGUGGUUAGAAAGGAUUGAGCUGAAUUUGGUGUUUGAAGGCAGAAGAAGUGGAGAGUUGCUUAUGGAGUGGAAUUGCUGUAAUUUGGAGGGCUUUUUUCAGCUGUAAAUAGCUCCAAUUCCCGCUCAUCAUCAAUUACAAAAUAAAUACAGAAAUAUAAAUGAGAGCUCAUCUUCCCCAUUUCAACCGCCUAUGGUAUAUCUUAGAAAAAGAAUAAUUAUAGUUCCACCCCGUCAUCAUUGACAGAGAAUCCUCGCCUUCAUUCCGAAAAUAAGCUGACUCACUCUUGACCCGCACCCGACCAUACCGUACCAGUUAAACCUCUACUUAUGCUUCUAUUUGAAUGGUUCUUCGUAUUUCGAUCAGUAUGGUAUUAUGUGAUUAACUAUUGUAAACCUUAUAUAAAUAAACUUGAAAACGAUUGA